AUGCUGAAGUCAGUACCAGAAAGAAGACAUUUGCUGAAGUCCAAACAGAACGGUUGGAUCAAGCCGAACGGACUGUUUUAAUUAAGUGCCCAUCAAAACUUAAUGAAAAAAAAUUAUUGCAGUACUUAUCCAGUCAUGGGAAUGUUAAGAGUCAUUUCUUUUUUGAAAAUCGUGGCAUCAGUGCUUUAAUAGAGUUUUCAGAGAAGAGCAGUAUAGCCUCAUUGCAGGAUGCUGUUGGGAUCCCAAGUGCUUCAGAGCAUCAUGUUGUCCCAUUUAAAUCAAGACUUUUUACUUUCACCCUGAAAAACCCAGUGAGUCAACACGUUGAAGAGACACCACUUCACCUCUCUCCUCAGUGUCACAUUCCAGUGAAAGACCUUAUUGAAAAGCUUUGUCUUGCAGACAGCAUAAGCAGUCAGAUGUGCAUUCUACUGAAUGAGUAUCAGCUUACAGAAGAAAACAUCAAGCUGCGAUUUCUGGCCUGUUCUUUGGUUCGGGAUUUUGCACGUGCAUAUUUCCCAGACAGCACGGUAAAGCCGUUUGGCUCUUCAGUCAACACGUUUGGCAAACUGGGAUCUGAUGUGGACAUGUUUUUGGACUUCGGUGAUACAGGAAAGCAUGCUACAAAAAUGAAAAAAGGUCCCUUUGAAAUGGAGUAUCAGAUGAAAAGAUUACCAUCGGAAAGAUUAGCAACUCAGAGGAUUCUUUCCGUCAUUGGAGACUGCCUUGAUAAUUUUGGUCCUGGGUGUGCGAAUGUACAGAAGAUCCUCAAUGCCCGCUGCCCUCUAGUGAAAUUUUCCCAUCAGCCGACAGGAUUCCAGUGUGAUCUGUCAGUGAGCAACAGCAUUGCAAUAAGAAGUUCAGAACUCUUGUAUAUCUAUGGCAGUCUUGAUUCCCGUGUACGAGCAUUAGUGUUCACCAUACGAUGUUGGGCUCGUGUCCAUGGACUUACAAAUAGUGCUCCUGGUACCUGGAUCACAAACUUCUCUCUGACCAUGAUGGUCAUGUUUUUUCUGCAGAGGAGAUCGCCACCUAUCAUUCCAACACUAGACCAACUUAAAGAACUUGCAGAUGAAAAAGACAAGCAUAUAAUUGGAAGAUAUGAUUGCUCAUUUGUUAGCGAUUUAAGGAAGAUUAAACCUACAAAAAAUACAGAAACACUUGAUGUAUUGUUGGGCGAGUUUUUUGAAUAUUUUGGAAACUUUGAUUUCAGAAAGAACUCCUUAAAUCUUCGAAAGGGAAAGGAAGUAAAUAAGCCUGAGUCGUCUCCUCUUUAUAUCUGGAAUCCCUUUGAACAAGACCUUAAUAUCAGCAAGAAUGUUAAUCAGCCACAGCUGGAGAAAUUUGUAGCUAUGGCCAGAGAAAGUGCCUGGAUUUUACAGAAGGAAGAUAAAACUCAGCAAAUGAUCAAUAAAGAACCUUGGGGACUGGCAGCUCUACUGAUACCAUUUGGAAAAAGUAAUUCCAGCAAGAUGAGGAAUAGGAUGAAAGGAAUAGGAAGUGAAACAAUCAGAAGCCUCUUGGACUCUUUAAAGUUAAAUAAUGCAAACAGUCAACAAAAAGCAGUGGGAAAAUGACUUUAAGCACAGAAACACAAUAGCUGAUAUUCUGUUUAAGGAAUUGAAUGUGACACACAGUCCAUAGAACAUUACUUUUAAUAUUUCUAUUAUGGGGAAUGGAGAAUCAAGCAAUCUCUGGUUUUCAUCGUGAUAAUUUUUGUACAGGUCUGCUUUCUGUACGUUUUUCUUCUCCUUACUACUCAGUUUCCUUCUGUUUUAUGAAUGAAAAAUAUUCAAAUAUAAGUUUUACAGAUGCAUUUUGGAAGUAGCCUUCAGUUGGGCACUCUACUGUAAAAAAGGCUGAUGGGAGCAGUAUGUGAAAAAGUCUUUGGGAAUUCUCUUGGCUAGCAUACAAAUGAUAUGCUAAUUAAAAGCUCAAGAAACAACCACCUUUCCAUGAAACCGCAGUCUGGAAGAAGAUAAAUGUGUUGGACCCAUUGUUUCCAAUCCAGUCGUGUUUUGGAAGCCAGUAAAACCAAAGUGUGUGUAUCUAGUUUUGCAAUUGUUUUCCAUUCAUGUAGAUAGUGUCAAGACAAAAUAAAGAGGAUGGAAUUAGA